AUGUGGGACUGCUCACCGUGCAUCGAAGGCUCCCGGCAGCCUGCGCUCUGCGCCGACGGGUCUCGGGCCUCGACCCCCGAGGCCCUCGGAGGAUCUGAUCUCGCCCCGGUCGCGCUCCUCUCGGAGAUAGUGCGGCGCCUACGGAGGCCCCACCUGCACGCGCUGGCAGAGUCCACGAAGGAGGCGGCCGUGUCAGGCGCCAAACAAGCAGACAAGGCCUUCAGCUCCUACCUGCAGCACGUCAGGUACAACCUGGAGAGCUACAUCGAGGAGGGUGACGAGGACGAGCUCUCCGAGGACGACUCGUCGCCCCGCACGCGGCGCUCGUCCAGGCGGUCCACCCGCCGCCGCACGCUGGGCGCGGCCACGCCCUUGCAGGAGCGGGCUGGUUCCCAAGCGGCGCUUGGCGCGCAGCGUGACGUUGCGGGGGCCUCGCCCCUCGUCCCCCGGUGUAGCGGCCGCUAG